GCCACAGUGUCGAUUUCUACAGUGACGGUGAUACGACACACACACACACACACACACACACACACACACACACGCACACACACACACGCACACACACACAUGCACACACACACACAGCCACAGUGUCGAUUUCUACAGUGACGGUGAUACGACACACACACACACACACACCGGAGAACAACAACGUUACUCGAGUGUUUACGUUGGAAACGGGAGCGGAGGAAUUCACGUGUAAAAAGAGUUAUGGAGCGUUACGAGUCUCUGGGUCUGGUCGGAGAGGGAAGUUACGGCACCGUCCUGAAAUGUCGUCACCGAGAAUCCGGACGCCUCGUCGCCAUCAAGAAGUUUGUGGACUCGGACGACGACAAGACGGUGAAGAAGAUCGCCCUGAGGGAGAUCAAGCUGCUGAGGCAAUUGCGCCACGACAACCUGGUGAACCUCCUGGAGGUGUGGAAGCGCCGCCGCCGCUGGUACCUCGUGUUCGAGUUUGUGGAGCGAACGCUUCUGGACGAUCUGGAGCAGAACCCGACCGGACUGGACCUGAACACGAGCCGGCAGAUCCUGUUCCAGAUCCUGAGAGCCGCUGCCUUCUGCCACCAGCAAAAUAUAAUCCACCGUGACAUCAAACCAGAGAACAUCCUCAUCUCUCAGUGUGGUGUGGUGAAGAUGUGUGACUUUGGUUUCGCCCGGACCAUGACAUCUCCUGCUGAGGGGGGGGUUUACACUGACUACGUAGCCACUCGCUGGUACAGAGCGCCUGAACUGCUGGUGGGAGAUACCAAGUAUGGCAAAGCGGUAGAUGUUUGGGCUUUUGGGUGCCUGUUGCUGGAGAUGUUAACGGGUCAGCCUCUGUUCCCCGGAGACUCCGACCUGGACCAGAUUUACCACAUCGUCAGGUGCUUCGGUAACCUGACAGCUCAUCACCAGGAGUUGUUCUACAGGAAUCCCGGCUUUUCUGGAGUCAGACUUCCAGAAUAUUCUGACCGAGUCCCAUUGGAUCAGCGCUUUCCUACAAUCCCACCCACCGCCCUGGACCUGGCUCAGAGUUGUCUCCAGAUGGAUCCAGAAAGACGCGCCCAGUGUUCAGAACUGCUCGAACAUCCUCUGUUCACUCAGGACUCUUUCCACAUCAGAUUUUUGGACGAGUUGAAUGCAAAGAUCCAGAAAGACCACAGAGAAAACUCUACCCUUCCCAAAAUAACCAAAACCCCAAGACGAGAAAGGAACGAAGGUGAUGACAGGAACCGGAGAAGCAAAGAGAAGAAACAAACUGAAGAUCUGGACGAGAGAGGCAACAAGGAAAAGGAGAGGAAGGAAGAUGAGAAGAUGGAGAAAACUAAAGGAAAGCAAACUUCAAAGGUUUCUAAAACUAUUCAAAACCCUUCAGAGCCUCUAAUAUCAACCAAACAAUCCAAAACUUUAGGCGCAAAGAUUGAUAAUGUCGCAAAAACAUCUGUGCCCAUGAAAAGUAAACCAGGGAAAGUCACUGUUGGGGAUCAGAGAAAAGAACCUGAGGCGUCAAAAUCAACUAAAACCUUUACUUUGGAUUCAUUAGAGUCUACCAAGACUGCAACAGAUCUAAAGGACAAUAACACAUUGGUAGCGAAACAAGGAAAAGUUGCUUCUCUGGAAACAGAUGGAGGAUUCAGUGGCUUAGAGAUUGGUAGAUCUAUCAAAUCGGAGCUUAACCAAGACUUUGGGAAGAACUGGACCAACACAAAAGUGCUUAAAUUGUCUAAAACCUUAACUAGUGACCAUACAAUUGGGGUGUAUUCUCCAAAAGCAUCCUUAAAACCAACCCUUGAUCGUACAGACACUUCCUUAACACAGAAAAUGGGAAAGACCUCCAUUACAGAACACCCUGAAGGUGCUUCCACUUCUAAAAUAUCAAACGCUGAUCAAGUAGAGACAAGUUGGACACUUAAAUCGACUCAACCGUCAAGUAAUGACCACAUUAAGGUUGCUACCACAACUAUCCCUCCUGUCAACAAGCCAUGCAAGACGACUUCAGGGAAUCAGAACGAAACUUCAACCACAAACAAAGAGCAAAGAAAGACCUCUGAAGUCUUGCCUUUAAACUCAAAGACAUCUAAGACUACCUCAAACUCAAAAAUGACCAAAAACAACACAUUUUUGUGCAAUCCUUCAAAGACGCUUCUCUCAGAUAUUUCAAGGGAGUCCUCAACAGUUUUCAGAGAAGCCACUCCUGUCCAAAGCACGUUAACAACAGCUAAAGGAACCUCAAAGUUUCUCAAAACUGGCUCGUAUUCAGAUGCUAAACCAACAAGAGGCCUUCCAACGGACCGGGGACUUUCAGAAAUAUCAGCCAAAACUCAACAGGAUGUCAACGAGGCAAACAACUUUGAGAUUUACGAUGCUUCAAGUGGAGACUACAAGGAGAAUCCUGAAUCUUCUGAGCCCUCUAGUGUCUAUCAACUGAGGACUCCUACAUCCAAAACCACUGCAGAAUCCAGAACCACUGUGGCGAUUGAAAUCUCUGAAAGCAAUGCACCAUUAGGAACCAUUAUUCCAAAGACAUUGAAAGUAUCGGACAAAGAAAACAGAGAGGAUUUAGCGCUGUCUGUUUCCAUCAGUUCAACGACCACGUCUGUAGUUGACCAAAUCCCAAAGGUUGAACACUCUAACUACAAAUCCUUGAUCGGAGAACCCAAAAUGAAGCAUGGGUCUUUUAGCAACCACAGUAAGUCUGUCGCAACAAUGACCCUUAAGACUCAGAAAAUUACAUUUCCCACAGAGGCGAGAAAGAAAAGAGACAUCCCAGAAACAAAAGAUGGAUCAGCUGAUGCAGAUUCCACUCGUUUCAACUCUACGACUCCAGACCACAAAGCUUUGACACGAAGCUUCGUCUUCAACACGCCAGACGUUGAUGAGUUUAACAUCAGCAAACCCCAAUCCUCUCCACCUCCACCUCCUCCUGCACCCUCUUCCUCACCCCUGAUCCCCUCUUCACCAGUCGUCAAUCCACCCACCAGCGAUCACUUUUCCAUGGGGUCAGGUUUCCAUCCUGGGAACCACAGCCUUAGGUUUGCAGACAAGUCGAGGCAUCACGGUGGCGUCUACGGUCGACUGUCCAACCACAUGUCUGGAUCACUCACUGCACAGGUGUCGGACAAGAGCCAGACUUGUGAGCGCUCCUUAGUGUCCGAUAGGGGAAUUACAGCGACCAAGAAGAAGUCAGACGUCCAUUUCCCAGAUUUAAGAAGCUCAGGACUGCCAGAGAUCAGAGGAAGAGAAGGGAAACUCAACAAAGGCACUUCCAAGGAUCAGAGGAAGUCAGAAGCUCAGCAGCACGGACACACCAGUACCGACUCACAAACACCUUAAAAAAACAUUAUUUUCAGUCACAAAAAAACCCCAAAAAUAUUGAAAUAUCUUAAUUCAAAUCCAUGCAUUUUGUCAAUGACAGUUAAUCAAAUUUCCUCAGGUUUGUUUUAUUAUGUUGCACGAUUUUAAAGCAGUUAACGGGUCAUUCAUGUGUGAAUACUUUUUUAACACUAACAGAAAAUGUUUUUGACAGCAUAAAAAUAAUAAAAAACUUUAAAAAAUGAA